AGAAGAUCCCUCAGCAUGGUUUUCAGGUGUUUGUGCCUUUUUGCCAUUGGAAUUGUUGCUGUUGCUAGUGGUCCUCAAGAGUUCUGAAGCAACUUCUGAUCUGAACAAAUCCACAAAUUCUACUGAAUAUUCAGUUUGCUGCUGCCAGCACAGAGCUAGAUGAGAAGAUAAGUGUUUUUACAUUGGAUUAUGACUACGUGCAAAUUCCUUAUGAGGUCACCCUCUGGAUACUUCUAGCAUCCUCGCAAAAAUAGGAUUCCACCUUUACCACAGACUGCCAGGCCUCAUGCCAGAAAGCUGCCUUCUCAUCAUUGUUGGGGCUCUGGUGGGUGCCAUCAUUUUUGGCACCAACCACAGAUCACCUCCAGUCAUGGAUUCGAGCAUCUACUUCUUGUAUCUCCUUCCACCCAUUGUCCUGGAAGGCGGUUACUUCCUGCCCACCCGGCCCUUCUUUGAGAACAUUGGCUCCAUUCUCUGGUGGGCAGGCCUGGGUGCCCUGAUCAAUGCCUUUGGCAUUGGCCUCUCCCUCUACCUCAUCUGCCAGAUCAAGGUUUUCGGCCUCAGUGACAUCAACCUGCUUCAGAACCUGCUGUUUGGCAGCCUGAUCUCAGCCGUGGACCCAGUGGCUGUGCUGGCUGUGUUUGAGGAGGCACGAGUGAAUGAGGCACUAUACAUGAUGAUCUUCGGGGAGGCUCUUCUCAAUGACGGCAUUAGUGUGGUCUUAUACAAUAUAUUAAUUGCCUUCACAAAGAUGCAUAAGUUUGAAAACAUAGAAACUGUUGACAUUUUGGCUGGAUGUGCCCGAUUCAUUAUUGUGGGGGUUGGGGGUGUACUUUUUGGCAUUAUUUUUGGAUUCAUUUCUGCAUUUAUCACACGUUUCACUCAGAAUAUCUCUGCAAUUGAACCACUCAUUGUCUUCAUGUUCAGCUAUUUGUCUUAUUUAGCUGCUGAGACCCUCUAUCUCUCCGGCAUUCUGGCAAUCACGGCCUGUGCAGUGACGAUGAAAAAGUAUGUAGAGGAAAAUGUGACCCAGACAUCCUACACGACUAUCAAGUAUUUUAUGAAGAUGCUAAGCAGUGUCAGUGAGACACUGAUAUUCAUCUUCAUGGGCGUGUCCACUGUUGGGAAGAACCAUGAGUGGAACUGGGCCUUUGUCUGCUUCACUCUGGCCUUUUGCCAGAUCUGGAGAGCCAUCAGUGUGUUUGCUCUCUUCUAUGUCAGUAACCAGUUUCGGACUUUCCCCUUCUCCAUCAAGGACCAGUGUAUAGUUUUCUACAGUGGUGUUCGAGGAGCUGGAAGUUUUUCACUUGCAUUUUUGCUUCCUCUGUCUCUUUUUCCUAGGAAAAAAAUGUUUAUCACAGCUACUCUAGUAGUUAUAUAUUUUACUGUAUUUAUUCAGGGAAUCACAAUUGGCCCUCUGGUCAGGUACCUGGAUGUUAAAAAAACCAAUAAAAAAGAAUCCAUAAAUGAAGAGCUUCACAUUCGUCUGCUGGAUCACCUGAAAGCUGGAAUUGAAGAUGUGUGUGGGCAAUGGAGCCACUACCAAGUGAGAGACAAGUUUAAGAAGUUUGAUCAUAGAUAUUUACGGAAAAUCCUAAUCCGAAAGAACCUGCCAAAAUCAAGCAUUGUUUCUUUGUACAAGAAGCUGGAAAUAAAACAAGCUCUUGAGAUGGUAGAGACUGGUAUCCUAAGUUCUGCAGCCUUUUCCAUACCCCAUCAAACCCAACGGAUACAAGGAGUCAAAAAGCUUUCCCUGGAAGAUGUGGAGGCCAUGAGGGACAUUCUGACGCACAAUAUGUACCAAGUUCGACAGAGGACAUUGUCCUAUAACAAAUACAACCUCAGACCUGAAACGAUUGAGAACCAGGCUAAAGAGAUCCUACUCCGCCACCAGAAUACCUUCCAGGAGAGCAUGAGGAAAGGCCACAGCCUGCCAUGGGGAAAGCCGGCUUGUGCCAAAAACAUCCGAUACCUAUCUUUUCCCUAUAGCAAUUCUCAGCCUGAAAGAAGAGGCAGGAGGGCUGCUGAUUUUAGAGAUAAGGAAAGCAGUGAUUCAGAACUCUCCUUCGACAUGUUCACUGCACACUCUCAAGCAAGGUUGCUUCAAGAAAGACAACCAACAAAAAAAAUAAUGCCAGUGAAAAGUUCAAAAAGAAGAGGGAAGCCAUCCAACUUUCGUGAUCAAAGAAGAGACCCAGAAGAGCAUGUUGGCGGAGGCAGAAGGGCAACUUUAAGACCCAAACCACUGUUUCAUGCAGUGGAUGAGGAAUAUGAAUCUGGAGAGGAGAGUGGAGAAGAGGCCUCCACAACUGGGUCCAGAUGGUCAUCUGAGCACAGACACAGAAGAGAACACCACAGAUCCCACAGUCCGUUGCUCCAAAGAAAAUAGUUUUAUUGUGCACAAGAUUGUUUUAGUGCUUCUCAAGAGUCCAUUUUCCUACUGUUGUGAAAGAAGGAUUUUUAGAAUUCUAAAGAAAACUAUUGAGUUUACUUUUCUUUUUGAUACUGCUAGACAUGCACCUAUAAGAAGCAAGGGGAUUUUUUGAAAGACUAGGAGCACUAAUUUUCAGGUUGUGCCAUAUUCUUAGCUGGUUCACUUUGUAGAUAAUUCCCUGAGUGAGAGAUAUUCAUUACCCCAGAAAUGAUUCACUAAGUAUUUCUAAGUCUGUGUGAUUAAUUUACUUUAUUGAGGUACAAUGUGAUUGGUAAUUUAUCUUAACAAUAUGCAUAUGCAACUUAUAACAAAGUAGUCCUAAGAGGAGUCUAGAAAUAUCCUGAUCCCACCCCAUGAGGUUACAGAUGAGGACAUCUUGCCCAAGGUCAAGUGGUGAGUUACUGGAUUCACAAGCUAAUUAACCUCCAUCCAACAGAAUGAUUUUGAUUUUGAUAUGCACUAUUCAAUAAAAUUAUAUGUUUGGGAAGAGAUAAAAUUUGUCAUAACAUUGCUACAUUUAAUCAGUAGCAACAAUAGAUGCAUGUGAUACAGACUAAAGAAUUAAUCUGCAAACAAUGGGCUUGUCUAUUUUGUAAUUAGAGUAUUUA